UCUAUCACUUUCUUCAAUCUCAGAAACAAAGAAAGAAAGAAACACAUCACCAUUUAGAACCAUUAACCCAAUUUCUUCAAUAGAAACCCUAAUUUCUCAAAUUUGAGGGAACCUAAAGAAUUUUCUCAGAAUUUUCAAUCGGCAUCGAAAUUCAUAGUAAUCGAGGUAGAGAAAUCGUGGGUAUCUUUCAAAAUCUGAAAUUUCUCUCUCAAUUUUUCUGGGUCAGUGAAAAAAAUUAAUUUUACCGAGAAAAUCUGAGAUUUUCCCGAGAAAAUGUCUCAGCUGAAGCAAAUGUCGCACGCUGAUAACAGUGCUCCGUCGACACCGGGAAAGUUCAAGAUGGAGAAAGCUUCUUACUUCAACCGUGUACGGUGGCACGCUUCUCCGGCAAAGCUUUGUCUUUGGAGUUUUGUUUUCUCAGCUGCGAUCUUGAUCUUCUUUUUCCGUUCUCCGGCGAGUUCUCCUCUUCCGGCGGACCCUUCACGGCGAUCAUUGAGGAGUCCUUCCAACUGGGGUGGUCCCGUUUGGGAGAAACGUGUCCGUUCCUCCGCUAGAGUCCGGUCACGGAAUGGAUUCUCCGUUCUUGUGACCGGAGCUGCUGGUUUCGUCGGAACACAUGUCUCCGCGGCGCUUAAGCGUCGCGGAGAUGGUGUUCUUGGGAUUGAUAAUUUCAAUGACUAUUAUGACCCUUCUUUGAAGCGUGCAAGACAAGCACUUUUGGAACGUACUGGUGUUUUCAUUGUUGAAGGUGAUAUCAAUGAUGCUGCUUUGUUAAGGAAGCUUUUUGAGGUUGUUCCUUUUACUCAUGUCAUGCAUUUGGCUGCUCAAGCUGGUGUGAGGUAUGCUAUGGAGAAUCCUGGUUCUUAUGUUCAUAGUAACAUUGCUGGUUUUGUUAAUUUGCUUGAGGUUUGUAAAAGUGUUAAUCCUCAACCUUCAAUUGUUUGGGCUAGUUCUAGUUCUGUUUAUGGAUUGAAUACUAAGGUUCCUUUUUCUGAAAGAGAUAGAACUGAUCAACCUGCUAGUUUGUAUGCCGCUACUAAGAAAGCCGGUGAAGAAAUCGCACAUACUUAUAAUCAUAUCUAUGGUCUUUCUUUAACUGGUUUGAGGUUUUUCACUGUUUAUGGUCCUUGGGGUAGGCCUGAUAUGGCUUACUUCUUUUUCACUAGAGAUAUUUUGAAGGGGAAGACUAUUCCUAUUUUUGAGGCGGCGAAUCAUGGCACCGUUGCGAGGGAUUUUACUUAUAUUGAUGAUAUUGUGAGGGGGUGUUUAGGUGCUUUGGAUACUGCUGAGAAGAGUACUGGAAGUGGUGGGAAGAAGAGGGGGCCGGCACAGUUGAGGGUUUUCAAUUUGGGGAAUACCUCGCCUGUUCCUGUUAGUGAUCUUGUGGGUAUUUUGGAGAGGCUGUUGAAGACUAAGGCGAAGAGGAAUAUUAUGAAGUUGCCGAGGAAUGGGGAUGUGCAGUUUACUCAUGCGAAUAUUAGUUAUGCGCAGAGAGAGCUUGGUUAUAAGCCGGUGACGGAUCUGCAGGCUGGUUUGAAGAAAUUUGUGAGGUGGUAUCUGAAUUACUAUUCUUCUGGGAAGAAAGCUGUUGAGUGAUGAUGGAUUCUUUUUUUAUAUAGGAUCUUUGAAUUCUUGUUCAUUAUGAUUCUUGUGAUUGUUCCCUUAGCAUUUUCUCUGCCCGUAUUGCUUGAAUCGCCAUGUUUCACACUUUGUCAAAGAUGUACCUUAUUAGGGAGGAACCUUUGUUUCCUGCACUGAGGAAGUUUUGUUGUUGUUGGAGACUGGAGAUUAUUCGCCCGGGCACCCUAUUUUCCAGUGCCAAAGAAAACAAGAUAUAUCAUCAUAUUCUCUUUUAUUCUUUUUUUUAUCCUCCUCCUGAAUGUAAUUGUUGUAGUUUUAGAAAUGUAGCAUUCAUGACUGAUAGAGAGCAUAUGCUGAUUGGUGGCAGUGUAUAAUUGUUAAGGAAAAUGAGUAAAAUCAUCAUACAAUAGUUUGAUUUCCAGUUUUCGGACUGAAUGAAUCAAUAAGACAUGUAUUUUAUUUGCAUAUGUAAUUUUUCAGCUAUAAUUGGACUCCUGUAUUAAUAAUUACGUGCACAAUUCUAUUACUAUCCAUGUUGCUAUCA